GUUCCCGCAACUCCCUACUCCCAACGUCUCUUUUGCAAUUCCAAAGGAAAAGAAAUUAAGGAAAAGGCAGCCCACCGAGGCACCGACCAGAAAAUUGUUUUGCUUGUAACUCCCUACUCCCAACGUCACUUUCUUGCACCGGCCACCGGCGGCGACCACCGAAAAAAGGCGGCCCACCGGUCACCACUGUCCACUGCUCUGGCAGUUUAUUUCCCUUUAUUUUCCAGGUGCCAUUGUUCCCUUUAACUCUUAUAGUGUUAUAUUAUUUGAUAUCAAUUGUAAUAUCAAUAUGUUGCCAAGAAAACAUUUAUCAGGAAGUGAAAAAAGAAAAAAAAGAAAAAGAGAUUAUGAUAUAAGGAAAUCACAACAAGGAGCUCUUGAUAAAUUUGUUUUGAAAAAGGAUGGUUCUUCUUCUCAUGACAAUUUGAAUCCAUCAAAUGAAAAUUUAGACAAUGAGGAAAAUAAAAUUGAUGAUUCUAUUGACCAUAAUUUUGUGCCAAAUGUGUCUAAUAUUGAAGAAGAAGAAGAAAUUGUUACUCUUACUAAAGAAAAAGAGACUAUUCCUCCUAUUGAUAUCUAUGAUCCUAGAAAUUGGAAUAAUCUUGAUACCAAAGCAAUAGACAUUUUAGUUGAAAAAGGCCCUAUAAGAGAAUUGAAUUGUGAGUUUCCCUUAGAUAAAAAUUCUAGACAUUUUUCAUAUGCAUAUUAUUCUAGAAAGCUUAGCAAUGGUGAGACUAGUGAUAGAAAAUGGUUGGUUUAUUGCAAAUAUGUUGAUAAAGUAUAUUGUUUUUGUUGUAAGUUGUUCAAAUCUAUUAGUAAUGUGAGUUUGUUGGCAAAUGAAGGAUUAAAUGAUUGGAAACAUAUUAGCCAAAGACUCCAACAACAUGAACUUAGUGUUGAACAUAUGUCUAAUAUGAAGACUUGGAAUGAAUUGAGAAUGAGAUUGAAUACAAAUGAAACCAUUGAUAAAUAUGUGCAAGAUGAAAUUAUGAAAGAGAAAGAGCGUUGGAGACAAGUUUUACAUAGAAUAUUUUCUGUUGUGAAAUGUCUAGCUAAACAUAAUCUUGCCUUUCGUGGUUCCAAUGAAAAAUUAUAUCAAGAUAGCAAUGGUAAUUUUUUGGGAUUGAUUGAAAUGAUUGCAGAAUUUGAUGUGAUAAUGCAAGACCAUGUUAGACGGAUUCAAGAUCGUGAAAUUCAUUAUCAUUACCUUGGGCAUAAAAUUCAAAAUGAAUUUAUUUCUCUUUUGGCUGAAAGUGUUAAAAGCUCUAUUAUUAAGAUCAUUAAAAAGGCCAAAUAUUUUUCAAUAAUACUUGAUUGUACUCCUGAUGUGAGUCAUCAAGAACAAAUGACUAUUAUAGUUAGAUGUGUGAAUAUGUCUGAUAAUAAAACUAAAAUUGAGGAGUUCUUUUUAGAGUUUUUAAAAGUUGAUGAUACAACUGGAUUGGGACUUUUUAAUGAACUGCAAAAUGUGUUGAAGUCCCUUGAUCUUAAUGUUGAUGAUGUGAGGGGUCAGGGUUAUGAUAAUGGUUCCAAUAUGAAAGGAAAACAUCAAGGUGUUCAAAAACGAUUUCUUGAAAUAAAUCCUAGAGCUUUAUAUAUGCCUUGUGCUUGCCAUAGUCUUAAUCUUACUCUUGGUGAUAUGGCACAUUCUUGUGUUAAAGCUAUUUCAUUUUUUGGAGUUAUUCAACGCAUAUAUUCAUUGUUUUCGGGUUCUGCCAUUGAGAUUCUUACAUUUGUCAAAUCUGCAGAUUGCUAUCCGAAUGUGUCGAUUGCUUAUAGAAUUUUAUUAACUGUUCCUGUGACUGUAGCAUCUGCCGAAAGAAGCUUUUCAAAGCUUAAAUUAAUAAAAACCUAUCUGAGGUCAUCAAUGUCGCAAGAAAGGUUGAACGGUUUGGCAAUUUUGGCUAUUGAGAAAGAUAUGUUAGAACAUAUUAACAUUGAUGUAAUUAUUAAUGAUUUUGCAUCUGCAAAAGCUCGAAGAAAUCGCUUUUUAUGAUAUUGACAUUUUUAUAUGUAUUUAUUAUAUAAAGGGCCCUUUUAUCUUAUUUUGCCUAGGGCCCCUUAAAUGUCAG